AAUGACACGUGACGCUGAUGUCUCGCUCCCUGGCGGUCAAUGAUCGCAGAACCAGGUAAAGGUGUGGUUAGUCUUAUUGUGGCAGUUACCUGAGAGCAACAAGAUUAAAGGACGCUGCUGGCGGCGUCUACUUUAAUCUACACAAAAGAAAACAAGAUGGUGGAGCAAACUAGACAGCCGAGGCGCGUGGUGUCCCUGCAGGCUGGACCUGGGGAAGGGGACACUGAUGUCCUCUUAGAUGUGAACCUCAGGAUAAAUGACAGGGCUGCGCGGGCCUUUGGGAGCCAGUUGGCUGCGAUUGGAGACCAGCUGGACCAGGAGUGGGCCAGCAGAGGGAACCCCUUGCUCCCAACUCCUCUCCACAUGCUGAGACCUGUGCAGGCACUGACCAGGACCAUAUACCGGGAUAUCCACAGGCAGUUGUGGGGCUUCCAGGGCCUGUCUGCAGGGGUGAAGGCCUGGAUAGAGAGCACUGCGCCUGGGCAGGGAAUCCUCAGAGCGGACGGCUGGGCAGCCUGGAUGUCCAAUUUAAAACCAGUAGCCUGCGCUGGCUGGACCAGACGAGCACUGGGGACGGUGGCGCUGGUGGCUGGAGUCACUAUCAUAACUGCACUGUGGAAGGAAUAGAGAGCCUAAAAAGGGCCAUCAGCAGGUCUUUUGGGCCAUCAGCAGGUCUUUUGGGCCAUCAGCAGGUCUUUUGGGCCGUUAUAUCUUUGACAAAAAAAGUUUGCAAAUGAAUCACUAUUAUUACUUACUGAUUUGUUUCUGCUGUUUACUUUGAAUUCUCUUUUUUUACUAUUUUGAUUAUGUUUUGCAUUUGAAAUGAUAUGACCAGAAACAGAGUAAAAAAAAAGUUCAAUUAGUUAGGACUGUGAAAAUUGUUUAAAUUGGUUUUACAGUGUUGCCCAAAGGGAUGGCCAGCGUAUUGUAGCAGUGACAUGUUGUUUCACAGUUGUAUUAAUGUAAACAAAAUAUUUUACUCAUGACUGGACUGUUGCUGGCCUGCAGUUUUUUUUAUCCAGAUUAGUUUCUUACGGGUUUAAGAGGCCACGUUUUUUACAAAUGAUAUGUAGCCUGGCUUAAUAUAAAAUUAAGGGAGCUGGACUUUCCGUGUCAGAUUUGAACAUGCUUUUUCAUGUGAUGCAAAUAAACUUCUAAAUUAUGACAA